UCCUCGGUAACAGCACCCGGCCGAAGGGAAGCCGUUAUGCUGGAUACACAGCGGAGCUGGUGCGAGUGGACAGCGGAGCCUUGAUUUUUACUAUGGCGGAAAGCAAGCAGGAGAGGAGCCUGACUCAUCUUUUAGAUGGCUUGGAAAAGGCCCACAGAGCCGAUGUUCAACUUUACACUUCAGGACACUUAAACCAUAACAAGCUUUAUAAGCCCCGAGAGAAUGUAAAACCAGGAUACUGGGACAGCGCCAAGACACCAACACGUUUCAUGACAGGAAGAAAGCAACUCCCAGCUCAAAAUAUAUGCAAUGAGACAGCCAAGAAGAUGAAAAAUACUUUGGCUGAUUUCACCCCCAGCACCACACCGGUUCCAGUGUGUGCCAAAUCUGCCUCUCCUAUCUACAGACACUCUCAGGCACCCCUGGCCAGUGUUGAUCGCCCAGUGAAUGGCCCAUUAACUUCUACUCCUUUGGAAAAGCAGUUGAAAGAGCUUAAAAAGAAAAUAGAGGAGGAAACUGACAGACUCAAUAAACCACUUAAAAGAGAAGAGUUAGAUGUGCCAGAGAUGAAGGUGUUGAAGUACAAGCCAGUUAAGAACAGCCGACGUUGUGCUGCUGAAGUUGCUAAGGACGAGUACCAGUUUAUACCUUCAUAUUUGGCUGGAGUGACUAAAACUGAUCAGUUUAACAAGUUUUUACAUUUUCAGAGGGAUUUUAUUGCCAAGCAUGAUCUGCUAGAGAAUGACAUCACCGGGAGCAAAGCAUCAGAGCGGCAUGAAAGGAAGUUGGCUCAGGAGCUCCAGAAGAUCUGUGAUUGUAACCGUCCCCAUUUCAAACGGUUGCAGGUCUUUGGGGAUGUGUUUGAAGAUAUUUGCAACAGCUCUUUGAUAUUUGGUGAUAUUCUGAAGGAAGUUAAGAAUGAAUAUGAGCUCUACAUGGUGAUACUUCUGGAUUCUCUGCCUACAACACAAUACAAGACACUGAUGGCUCAGGUGAAAGGUAUGGGGAAAAGACCUGUGAAGGUGCAAGAAAUAGAAGAGACCAGGCAAGAAGUACAGACCCUUGUGAAAAAAGCCAAAAGUGCCUUGGAGAGAAAUGAAGAACUCAGAAAUGAAUUAGAAAUUCAGUUGUGGGUGAGCCAGUCUCCUGAGAGUAAAACUGUUCCAGAGACCUCCGGUGACCAUGCUGUGAAACUGCCUGAAAAGAAACAUCUCUCCCUUGCUGAACAGAUUGAAUCUAUGCGGUGCCAAGUUCUCGCUAAGUGGGAGGAAAUGCAAGCGAUAGAGAAAGAGAUUCGAGAAACCAUGACUCAUGCUGGGAUGGCAAAUACUAUAGAGAAGACGGUUAAAGACAUAGAGGCUGAGGCUCUCAAACUCAACUCAGCCAACAGCUUCCUUCAACACCAAAUCAAAGAAAUUCAAGACAACAUCACAGACAUUUUAAAUAGACAGAAGGUCACCCAGGAAAAUCAGCGAAAGUUGUGGGAGUUACUGAAGAAAUUCUUGUCACUUGAGGAUAAUGAACCAACUUAAGACAAUUCAGAAGAAUGUGUAGGAAGAUAAAUUGUAGAUGCCUUGAAUGUAUACUUGACACCUUGAAACCAUGCAAAUGAAAUCCAAAUAUGAAAAACUGAUGUUGAGUCUCGGAAUUAAGUAUAAUAAUGCAACUUCAGAAAUAGAAAUACAUACCAUUUUUACACCAAUUAUCAUGGUUUGGUAUCCUGUAUAUAUAUAUAUAUAGAGAGAGAUUACUAUGUACUAUCUAGAAAAUGCUCUGCAUUAGUAAUAGCAAUUGUUUAAGUAGCUGUGCCUUUUCCAUGUAGCUUUCAAUAGAAGCUGCUCUUGCUUAGUGAUGGAACCUUUAUUAUGCAAGUGGCAGAGGUUAUUAAUUAAACUCCCAGGAUGGAACUCACAACUAAAAGCUAUUCACGUAAAUGGAAGCUGCAGCUUCUAAAUAAGAUCUAUUUAUAUCACUGUGUGCAAAGACUUUCUUGCAAGUACUGCAUACUGGACUUGAUGGACUGCUUUACAGUGGUAUGGCAUACUGGCACCUCUCCUGGCAGCCUUCUUGUUCUACAGAAUCUCAGCUUCCAUUUUAGAAAAGUAAACCUCUAGCUGUUAUGAUUGCAAAAAAAAAAAAAAAAAUCUUGAAAACACAAACCAAGUAUAUGUGAAGCAGCAAUAUCUGCCUGAAUUUGUGGAGUGUCUGAAAAGAUAGCUCAGAAGUGUGUUUUGCCCCAUUUAUCUCAAAGGGAUGUUAAUUCAGAUGCCAGUGAUGAUAUUUUAAAUGUCUACAUUGUUAACUAUUUCAUUGCAAGUAACAGCUCAUUUUGUUACCAGGCAACAAGAGGGAGCGUACCCCUACUAAUUAUUUUUCCCAAUCAAAAAGGAGCCAAAACCCAGGGAGCCUAAGGGGACAUUUCACACUCCACCCAGGCUAUGUCUACAUUGCACACCUAAAUAACCCCUGACUGGUCCCUGGGUCUGAGCAGCCAGGUAAGCUUAGCCCGGACAUGAGUGCCCCCACUGUGUCUGCCAAUGUGUGUCUAUGGGCAUAUUCCAUAGUUCUUUCCCAGUUCAUUGUCAAUUGUCCAAUCUGGGAAAGAUACUGGAGGACUGUCAGAACUUGAAUGAUUUUAGUCACGUUCUCACUGCAGAGGGGCAGGUUCCAGACUGAAGUCUAACCUGCUCCCCCAGCAGGGUAAGAUAUCCUGAACUUAAAGCUGGGUCACAGGGUUUUUUUUUUAUAUGGGGGGGAGGGGUCAGGCUAACACCUUUGUGCAGUGUAGAAGUACCCUUAGAGAGAACUGAGCCCAAGGAGGCUGGCAAAGCCUCUGGGUGCAUCUGAAUCCCACUAAGGUGAAACUAAACCCAAGAGGCUCAGAGACCGUGUCUGAUCGAACUUUGAACAUAUGCACAAUCUGCUGAGUGCAGCCUCUCCUUUUGGCAUCUGCAAUGAGUAGAGUUUGGAAGAGCACAUCUACCUUCUUUUUUUACAGGUCAACCUUUGACUCAGGCCCAAGAACAAAGUUUAGAUGGAUAUCUGCACUUUACCAUAAAUCAAGGAUAUUUGGAUCAUGGGGUUUAGUUCAAGCCCAUCUCUAACUUGGCAGGAAUGAAAGGCUAUUUAGAUUAUUUUUCAUCAGUGAUUUGUUUUUAAGCUUUAUUUCACCAAAUCACUGCAUUAGUAAACAUGGGCCAGGCUUGGCACUGCAAUAUUUCACAUUUGAUGUGACAUUUUCCAUGGAGCUCACCUGGCAGCUUUAGUGACUACACAUGUACACUUAACUAUGUAGAACAGUGGUUUUUAACUUUUUUUCAUUUACGGAUCCCUACAAAUUUUUGAAUGGAAGUGUAGACCCCAUUGGAAAUCUUAGACAUAGUCUGUAGACCCUCCAGGGGUCCGCAGACCACAGGUUGAAAACCACUGUUCUAUGUAAUUACAACCUUUUGCAGACCCCUUAGACAUAGGUUGCAGAUCCCUAUGAGGAGAAAAGGUCAGAGGGACAUUAUACCCUAGUGCAGUGCCAAGUUUAGGAAGGCCCCAAUAUUUCUAGUAAUGCAAAAUCAUUAUGAUUUUAAUUGUUUUCCAUUUUUAGACAAAUAUGACAGGGUCUGUCUGUCCGUCUGAUAUUUUCUGACGACAAACCUUCUGGUUGAAAUAGUUAGUGCUGCAACAAUAUGACUACAUAUGAAACAAGCAUUUUCUGUUCUUCAGCUUCUACUCUUCAGUUGUAGCACUCAUUCCAGUAUAUUAAUCAUUAUUUUGUUGAGUCGCUGAUGUAACGGAGACCAGAGCAUUACAAGUAUCAGAGGGGUAGCCGUGUUAGUCUGAAUCUGUAA